CUUGAGUGAAGCGGUGAAAACAAGAACAAAAAAGGAACGUCCUUUUUGUUUCUGGAGAUUGCGUUCUUGUGACCCUUCACUGAAAUUAAGCGUUUCUUCACUCAGAUUUCGUGUUCGGUGUCUUUGAAUCUCGUUCGUUUUUUUUUUUGGUAUUUUCCGAUUUGGAGAAAUGGGUGAUUGGUACCAGCUUGCUCAGUCUGUUAUCUUGGGUUUGAUCUUCGCUUACCUUCUCGCUAAGCUAAUCUCUAUCCUCGUCGCGUUUAAAGACGAGAAUCUCUCCCUCACUCGCAACCACGAGACCCAAUCGGAGAAUGAUUAUCGUAAGGUCGAAUCUUCAACCGGAAUUGGCGGCGAGACGGAUUCUCUCGUGGCGGAGCAAGGUAGCUUGAGAGGUGAUGAAGAUGAUGAUGAUGACGAUGAAGACGACGAUUGGGAAGGUGUGGAAAGUACAGAGCUUGACGAGGCAUUCAGUGCUGCGACGGCCUUUGUGGCUGCUGCUGCAUCGGACCGGCUUUCACAGAAAGUAUCAAACGAUUUGCAACUUCAGCUUUACGGGUUUUACAAGAUUGCCACUGAAGGACCUUGUACUGCUCCACAACCUUCAGCUCUCAAAAUGACUGCUCGUGCCAAGUGGCAAGCAUGGCAGAAACUGGGUGCUAUGCCUCCUGAGGAAGCAAUGGAGAAGUAUAUCGAUCUUGUUACUCAGUUGUACCCUGCUUGGGUAGAAGGUGGCUCGAAAGGAAGAAAUCGUAGUGGUGAUGCUUCAGGCUCCAACUCUAGAGCAGCCAUGGGACCUGUUUUUAGCUCAUUGGUGUAUGAAGAGGAAUCCGAAAAUGAGUUGAAGAUUGAUGCAGUUCACGCCUUUGCUAGAGAAGGAGAAGUGGAAAAUCUACUGAAAUGCAUAGAAAAUGGCAUACCCGUAAAUGCAAGAGACAGUGAAGGAAGAACACCGCUGCAUUGGGCUAUAGACCGUGGCCACCUGAAUGUUGCUAAAGCUCUGGUUGAUAAGAAAGCCGAUGUUAAUGCUAAAGACAAUGAAGGCCAAACCUCUCUACACUACGCUGUUAUGUGCGAAAGAGAAGCUCUCGCCGAGUUUCUAGUAGAGCAAAAAGCUGAUACAACCAUUAAAGAUGAAGAUGGAAACUCGCCUCUUGAUCUUUGUGAAUCAGAGUGGUCUUUUAUGCGAGAGCAGAGGGAUUUCAAUUAGAGUUUUUAGUAUCUAAAGUGUGGUUUUAAAUCUCUCAAAACUUUUUUUUUUAAACAGAGAUGCUUUUUUUACCUUACUUCUUAGUUCUAGUUUGCUUCUGUUUGAGCAAGAAGAUAUUUGCUUCCUCAAUUCUAUGCAUCUGCAUAUAGUAACUGGUUUUUAUUGGUUACUAUAUUGAACCAGAGAGGGAGAGAGAGAGAUCAUCAUAACCCAAUAAAGCUCAAUACGUUUUU